AGAGCUUUGCAUCUUGGGAGUAUUUUAGGCGUUGUCACGUGAUCUCUUUGUGUGCUGGUCUCGCCGCGUGUGAGUCAGUACUCCUUAAUAUCGUCAGCUCUCAUUUGCUUCAGUUUCGUCAGUUUUCUUGAAAUCAGUCAUCAAAGGAAGUCAUCCAGACCUUAAAGGAUAAUUUAGAAAAAAGGAUAUAUCUUACUGGACAUGGGCCUGCAGGAUACGCAGUCUUGAUAUUGGAUGUGUUUAGAAAUUUACGUCAAGGGUAGAGUGGGAUUCCGUAGUUGUAAUGGCGGUGGUAGGGACUCGACACGCCCGUAUUAUGUCCUACCCUACCCCUCAGAAUAGUGCUCCGAACCCACAAGCUAUCCUUGCUGCUGCUGUGGCUGUCCCCUUUUAUCAAGUUGUUCAACCACAGGACGCUCAACCGGACAGACCGAUUGGAUAUGGAGCAUUCGGUGUAGUGUGGGCAGUAACGGAUCCUCGAGAUGGGAAAAGGGUUGCACUCAAGAAGAUGCCAAACGUCUUCCAAAAUUUAAUAUCGUGUAAACGUGUUUAUAGAGAGUUACGUAUGCUGUGUCAUUUUAAACAUGACAAUGUGUUAUCAUCUGUAGAUAUUUUACAACCACCACAUAUAGACUUCUUCACAGAGAUCUAUGUUGUGACGGAAUUACUACAAAGUGAUCUUCAUAAAAUAAUCGUAUCACCGCAGCCACUUACAUCCGACCAUGUCAAAGUCUUUCUCUACCAAAUACUCAGGGGUUUAAAGUACCUCCACUCUGCGAGAGUUUUACAUCGAGAUAUUAAGCCAGGCAAUUUAUUAGUCAACAGUAAUUGCUGCUUAAAGAUCUGCGAUUUUGGUUUAGCUCGAAUUGAAGAACCUGAUGAAUCAGUUCAUAUGACCCAGGAGGUUGUCACGCAAUAUUAUCGAGCACCAGAGAUAUUAAUGGGUGCCAAACAUUACAGUUCCGGUGUAGAUAUAUGGUCCGUGGGUUGUAUAUUCGCAGAGUUACUUAGUCGAAGAAUAUUAUUCCAGGCUCAAAGUCCCAUUCAACAGCUUGAUCUCAUUACGGAUUUACUCGGAACUCCUGCUCUACAUGAUAUGAAAACAGCAUGUGAGGGUGCUAAGGCUCAUAUUCUUCGACAAGCUCAUAAACAUCCUUCAUUAGCUGCUUUAUAUACACUAUCCAAUCAGGCCACGCACGAAGCUGUUCAUUUAUUAUGUAGAAUGCUGGUUUUCGAUCCCGAUAAAAGGAUAAGUGCAAGUGAUGCAUUAGCUCAUCCCUUCUUAGAUGAAGGUCGAUUAAGGUAUCAUUCUUGUAUGUGUAAAUGUUGUACAAACUCUGCCAAUGGCCGACAUUAUACCACUGAGUUUGAUCCAGUGUGCUCCUCGCCUUUUAGCUAUACAUUUGAAGAUGAAUUAACGUCUGUUUCAAAGGUCAAAGAAAAACUCCACAAAUUUAUAUCCGAGCAACAACAGAAAAACAAACGAGUGCCUCUGUGUUUAAAUCCUAAUUCCCUCUCCUUUAAAACGUUCCAGAAGUAAGUUAGGCAGUCAUACUUGAUCAGUGUGAAAGGUCGAAAAACGGCCAGAAGUCAUUCUCAACAAGGUUCCAGUACUUCGAAUAAAUCAGCAAGAGGAUCAAAUUUAGCGUAUGGUUGUUAAAUCACUGCUGAUUGGCUCGUUAAACAAAUGUAGAUCGUGGUUGAUAACGGACUGAAAACUGAAUUGUGUCGUGUCUUUUAAUCCAAAUCUUCAACCACAGUGAAAAAUGAAAGACGGUGAAUGAAACCAAAAAUAGUUCAAAAAUGGAUAUCACGCCAGUAUAGACUUGGCACAUCAGCCAUGUAAUGAACCGUUGCUACGCAAAGCCAUAGACAUUUAUAAUGAAUGUUUUGAUUGGUUAUUUUGACUAUUAUGUCAUAAGGACAGAUUCAAUUGGUGGAUAUUUAAAAUAGAGAGCAAGUGAAGGUGCUGUUUUUUUUUUGUUUAUUCAUAUUGCUCAGAUUAUUAAUGUCAUCUGGUUUUGCGUGUGUGAAUAUUUCGCGAGAGUUCUUAAUAUCCGCAAGACUUGUUGUAGGCCUACCGGUAUCCAUGGUGAUGAUGGAUUAAAUAUGGCAAAGGAAGACCGAGAAGAAAAGGCAUCUUUCCCACGUUACUAGGAUCACUCCAGACAAGAUUUUUAAUUUUAGGAUUGUUUAUUUGAAUUUUAUGUAGUAACUUAGAAGAGGCUGUUAUUAAUAUUUUACGUUACGAACUCUGACUCCUUGAAUUGGAGGCCUUAGUAAUACACAAUUCACGAGACGCACUAAUGAUAUUUCUUAACGGAACAGCGAAAUAGUAACCCACUCAUUUCCUACCCUGAAAUGUGAGAAAACAGAAAGAAAGCGAAGAAGAUGUACUUUGUCUGUGAAAUGAUAGUGUCAUGUUAUAAGGUAAUUCAAGCAAGGAGUUGUCAGUGUAACGUGAAAUGUUAAAAUUGGAAAUAAUACGAGGCCCGAAGUUAGUAGGUUGAAUGUUGUGAUAUAUGAAAUAUUAAUCCUGUGUACAGAUUUACGGAGAAUUUUGUCUGUAGGUGUGUCUUACUAUAACAUGGUGAAGGAUUUUUUCUUUUUCUUUUUUUUUUUGGGUGAAAAUAUUUGGACUGUUUAUGGUUAGCCUGUUUGUAGGAAAUGUAAAUAUAUAUAUAUAUUUUGUGACUGACGAGGGUCAAGGGAUUGGUUGUGUUUUUAUUGGGUUCCGAGUUCAUCACUGUGUGUUGACAUAUAUAUAUUUGUAUGUAGUCUACACCAACCAGACGCUUGAAAAAAUAUGUAGUCUACAACAACCAGGCAUGUUAUUCUCGUAAACUGAAGCUAAAUUAUUUUUAGAAUUUGUAUCAAAAUUGUAACUUUUGGCCAUUGGAAAGGCUAGAUUAAUAUUUUAGAAAGCAGGCAUUUCAUUGGUCAAAAUUAAAAUUUGUAUCAAAUGGUUAACUUCUGGCCAAUGCAAUUACUUAAUUAAUUUUAGUUUUCGUGAAUAAGCCAGUUGUUAUUAACGUAAAUUCCAAUAAAUGAUACUAUGUAUCUAAUGAAUUAAAAGGUCAUGACCUCAUUGGUGCGCAGGGGUACAAAUAAGGGUUAAUUUUGAUAAAUCUAAACUCUAAAUUUAAAUCCCAAAUUAAAGAAGUUGAAACCAUUACAGAUUGAAUGUUCACGAGUACAAUAUUUAUUUGACUUUUGCCACGAUUUUACUGGCAUCGGGUAUCAGACAAGAUAUGAAAUAAAAAUAUAUUAGAACUUUU